AUGGAUGAUCCAGACGAUGAACGACCUCCAACACCACGGUAUCGUCCACAGAGUAUUGCGAAAAUAUGUUCAAUUACCAAGUUUACCAAGCGUGAAGUACAAAUUAUGUACAGAGCAUUCAAGCAGGGUUGUCCAUGUGGCACCAUCAUGCUAGAUCAAUUCCAAGAGAUCUAUGCUCAGUUCUUUCCACGAGGUAGUUCGUCGAAAUAUGCCGAAUACGUUUUUAAGACAUUCGAUCGCGAUGACGAUGGAAUUAUUAGUUUUGAGGUGGCUUUUAUGAGAUUCAUCUUCACUUCACUACCAAACGAAUUGUGA